UCCGGCCGCGCGCGCCGCCUGGCUGGAGCUCAGGAGCCGCCGCCGCCGCCGCCCCCGUCCCCGUGAGGAGCCGCCGCCGCCGCCGCCGCCAUCAUGCCGGUGUACUUCCAGCGGCCCGAGAACGCUCUGAAGCGGGCGAACGAAUUCCUUGAGGUUGGCAAAAAGCAGCCUGCCCUCGAUGUUCUCUAUGAUGUUAUGAAAAGUAAGAAACACCGAACAUGGCAGAAAAUCCACGAGCCGAUUAUGCUGAAGUACCUGGAGCUCUGUGUGGAUCUCCGCAAGAGUCAUCUGGCAAAGGAAGGACUGUACCAGUACAAGAAUAUUUGCCAGCAGGUUAACAUCAAGUCUUUGGAGGAUGUUGUUCGAGCCUAUUUAAAAUUAGCUGAAGAAAAAACAGAAGCAGCUAAGGAGGAAUCCCAGCAGAUGGUGCUGGACAUAGAAGACUUGGAUAACAUUCAAACUCCAGAAAGUGUUCUUCUGAGUGCUGUAAGUGGAGAAGACACUCAGGAUCGUACUGACCGACUGCUUUUGACACCCUGGGUUAAAUUUCUAUGGGAAUCCUACAGACAGUGUUUGGAUCUUCUCCGAAAUAAUUCUCGAGUGGAACGCCUGUACCAUGACAUUGCACAGCAAGCUUUCAAGUUCUGCCUGCAGUACACGCGCAAAGCCGAGUUCCGUAAGCUCUGCGACAACCUGCGCAUGCACCUGGGGCAGAUCCAGCGCCACCACAACCAAAGCACAGCCAUCAACCUCAACAAUCCCGACAGCCAGUCCAUGCACCUGGAGACCAGGCUUGUGCAGCUCGACAGUGCCAUCAGCAUGGAGCUGUGGCAGGAAGCUUUCAAAGCAGUGGAAGAUAUUCAUGGACUAUUUGCACUGUCUAAGAAACCACCCAAGCCACAGCUGAUGGCAAAUUACUAUCACAAAGUUUCAACUGUCUUCUGGAAAUCAGGAAAUGCUCUCUUUCAUGCAUCCACCCUUCACCGACUUUAUCACUUAUCAAGAGAAAUGCGAAAGAAUCUCACACAAGAGGAGAUGCAGAGGAUGUCUACUCGAGUCCUUUUGGCCACUCUGUCAAUCCCUAUAACUCCUGAGAGGACGGAUAUCGCUCGCCUCCUGGACAUGGAUGGCAUCAUCGUGGAGAAACAGCGGCGCCUGGCAACCCUGCUGGGGCUGCAGGCCCCACCCACACGUGCCAGUCUCAUCAAUGAUAUGGUCAGAUUCAACGUAGUGCAAUAUGUUGUCCCAGAAGUGAAAGAACUUUACAAUUGGCUUGAAGUAGACUUUCACCCGCUCAAGUUAAGUGCCCGUGUCAGCAAGGUUCUCAACUGGGUGAAAGACCAAGCUGAAAAGGAACCUGAACUGCAGCUCUAUGUUCCUCACCUGCAAAACAAUACCAUUCUUCGCCUUCUGCAGCAGGUGGCCCAGAUUUAUCAAAGCAUUGAGUUUGCUCGCCUGUGUACCCUGGUUCCUUUCGUGGAUGCUUUCACGCUGGAGCGUUGUAUCGUGGAUGCUGCCAGGCACUGUGACCUACAAGUUCGCCUUGAUCACACCACCCGGACACUGAGUUUUGGUUCAGACUUGAAUUACUGUACUAGAGAAGAUGCCCCACUAGGCCCUCAGCUCCAAAGCAUGCCUUCUGAGCAGAUUAGAAACCAGUUGACUGCUAUGUCCUCAGCUCUGGCUAAGGCUCUUGCAGUCAUUAAGCCUCCUCACUUAAUGCAAGAGAAGGAGGAACAACAUCAGCUGGCAGUCACCGCCUUCUUGAAAAACUCGAGGAAGGAGCAUCAGCGCAUUCUGGCGCGUCGUCAGACCAUAGAGGAGAGAAAGGAGCGCCUGGAGAGUCUGAACAUCCAGCGGGAGAAGGAAGAGCUGGAACAACGGGAGGCAGAGCUGCAGAAAGUGCGGAAAGCUGAAGAGGAGAGGCUGCGCCAGGAGGCCAAGGAGAGGGAGAAGGAGCGGAUCCUGCAGGAGCAUGAGCAGAUCAAAAAGAAGACUGUUCGGGAGCGCCUGGAGCAGAUCAAGAAAACUGAACUGGGAGCCAAAGCCUUUAAAGAUAUUGAUAUUGAGGAUCUUGAAGAAUUGGAUCCUGACUUCAUUAUGGCUAAACAAGUUGAACAGCUGGAAAAAGAAAAGAAGGAACUUCAGGAACGUCUGAAGAAUCAGGAGAAAAAGAUUGACUAUUUUGAAAGAGCGAAGCGCUUAGAAGAAAUUCCUUUGAUAAAGACUGCAUAUGAGGAACAAAGAGUGCAUGAUAUGGAGCUGUGGGAGCAACAGGAAGAAGAAAGGAUCACCACCCUGCAGUUGGAGCGUGAGAAAGCCCUUGAGCACAAGAGCAGACUCUCCAGGAUGUUGGAGGAUAGAGAUUUAUUUGAAGCCAGGCUCAAAGCAUCCCGAAGAACAGUUUAUGAGGAUAAGCUCAAGCAGUUCCAGGAGCGGUUGGCAGAAGAGAGGCGGAAUCGCCUGGAGGAGCGCAAGAAACAGCGCAAAGAGGAGAGACGGAUCACCUACUACAGAGAGAAGGAGGAGGAGGAGCAAAGGUUACGAGAAGAGCAGCUGCUUAAAGAGCGCGAGGAGAAGGAGCGCAUCGAGCGCGAGAAGCGCGAGCAGGAGCAGCGGGAAUACCAGGAGAGGGUCAAGAAACUGGAGGAACUGGAGAAGAAAAAACGUCAGAGGGAAAUGGAGAUAGAGGAAAGGGAACGACGUCGGGAAGAGGAAAGGAGAGGCCUGGAUGACCCAUUUUCAAGGAAGGAGUCUCGUUGGGGUGACAGGGAGUCUGAAAGCUCCUGGAGGAGAGGAGGGGAGCCAGAAUCCGAAUGGCGCCGAGCACCAGUGGAAAGAGAUUGGCGUCGAGGAGAGCCGAGGGAUGAUGAAAGACCUUUCCGGCGAGGGGAUGAUCUGCCUCGACGGGGGGAUGACCUGCCCCGACGUGGUCCUGCGGAGGAAAAGGAACGUCCUUCCACCGAAUCAGCGGAGGACAGGCCACCGAGGCGAGAAGGGGACGAGGACAGGCCUCCUAGGCGGGAAGGGGAAGAGGACAGGCCGCCCAGACGAGGAUUGGAUGAUGACAGGCCGCCCAGGCGUGCCUUGGAUGAUGACAGAGGGAGCUGGCGAGCUGCGGAUGACGACAGGGGUCCCAGGCGCGGAAUGGAUGACGACAGGCCGCCCAGACGUGCUAUGGAUGAUGACAGGGGUCCCAGGCGUGGGAUGGACGACGACAGGCCGCCCAGACGUGCUUUGGAUGACGACAGGGGUCCGCGGCGCGGGCUGGACGACGACAGGCCACCCCGGCGCGGCUUGGACGAUGACAGAGGGAGCUGGCGAGCCGCGGACGACGACAGAGGGCCCCGGCGUGGAAUGGAUGAUGACAGGCCACCCAGACGGGCUCUGGAUGAUGACAGGCCACCCAGGCGUGGGCUGGAUGAUGACAGGGGCAGCUGGAGAGCUGCGGAUGACGACAGGGGUCCCCGGCGCGGGCUGGAUGACGACAGAGGGCCUCGGCGCGGGCUGGAUGAUGACAGGGGUCCCCGGAGAGGGCUGGAUGAUGACAGAGGGCCCAGGCGAGGGCUGGAUGAUGACAGGGGUCCCCGGCGAGGGCUGGAUGACGACAGGGGUCCUCGGCGUGGGCUGGAUGAUGACAGAGGGCCCCGGCGCGGGCUGGAUGACGACAGGGGGCCGUGGCGUAACGCUGACGAUGACAGGCUCUCCAGGAGAGACGAUGACAGGGGUCCAUGGCGUGGUGGUGAUGAUUCAAGGCCAGGUCCUUGGAGGCCAUUUGGUAAACCAGGGGGAUGGAGAGAAAGAGAGAAGGCCCGUGAGGACAGCUGGGGCCCUCCACGAGACUCCAGACCUUCAGGAGACCGUGAGUGGGACAGGGACAAAGAUCGGGAUGAAAGCGAGAAGGACCGGGAAUUCGACAGAGAGAGAGAUUUCGAUCGAGACGAUCGUUUCAGGCGCCCCAGGGAUGAUGCUGGUUGGAGAAGAGGCCCAGCUGAGGAAACUUCUAGCUGGAGAGAUUCAGGUCGCCGUGAGGAAUGGGACAGAGGUGGCCGUGACAUGAGGGAUCGGCGCAGCGAUGACAGAGAGCCACCCCUCAGGAGAGGCCCCCCCCUCAGAUCAGACCGGGAAGAACCGAGCUCCUGGCGCCGCGCUGAGGACAGGAGAGAGGAACGGGGAGAGGAGCGCGAGCCAGUACGGAGAUCAGCCCCUGCUCCCGCUGCUCCUCCAGCUUCUGCUCCCCCACCAGCAUCCAAAGAGCGGGAAAGAGACGGGGAGAAGGAGAAAGGCUCCUGGAAAACGGAGAAGGAGCGUGAGCCCGUGCGCCGUACUAAAAACGAGACAGAUGAGGAAGGGUGGACCACUGUACGACGUUAAGUGGGAAUCACAGAGUUUAACCAAUGUUUUAGCUUUGAUUUGAUGGAAUCCAGAUUAUAUUUGUGCUUAUAAACAUUCUCAAUUGGAAUUCUUUAACCAAUGUUUUGAGGUAACAUGAAAGCAUGAAUUACUUACUCAUAUAGAUUGAUCAUGCACAAAACUCACAGCAGAAGGUUGGAAAUGGAAAUGCCAGUUUUUGAAAUUUCAAAUGAUGCUUAUUUCAUGGGUCAUUUGUUGCUAAAAUAAAAAGAAGCAAGCCCAACAGCUGUCUUCAGUACGGCUUCUAUCUCGCACCAGAAGAGGCUGCCCUUUUUAUUUUGAGUCUUUCUUAGUUUGGAAUGGGGUAUUAUCGUCACAGAACACGCAUUUGAAAACACCUCUGUUCACAGAGUGGAAUUAUUGAAAAAGCAGAGCUAAAUUAAUUUGCAUAAUUAGCCAAAAAAAAAUAGGAAAGCCCUCUUUUACAUAGGUAUCUUGGAGGGCAGGCGGUUUCUGAGACUUAUUUUAUCACUAUCUAAAUUCAGUAAGUUGUUUGAAUUUGAAUUAAAUACAAUAAACAUUAUGAGCAUUAGCUACACCGGGAUAUUUUCCGUAGAGUUACUUGAAUCCAUCACACCUCUGAGGCCAUUUUGCAGUCAUAGUUCCAGUAAUGUAUACACUGCUGCAGUGUACAAUCCAACUUGCAGCUUUCACCAUUUCAGUGUUUUGGUAAGCAUAUGGCUAUGUACUUUCUGUUGCCAACAUCACAACUGCUUUUUCCAUUACUGGAUAAUUCAUGCCUUUCAAGGAUUUUUAAAUAUUGUCAUAUUUAAAAUGUGUGGUUUUGGAGAAAUUGUUCAAUUUUCCCCCAAUUCUUUGUCUUCAGGGUCAAUUCUUUCCCUUUCCAGAAAAGUGAUUUGUAGUAAUGGCUGUGUUGACUUCACACCUGGGGUGCGGUAACAACGAUUAGGGAUCUGAUCACACUGAAGCCAACACAGAACUUGCUGCUGUGUGUUUCUUCAAUGAUAAAUAAACGACUUAAGGAAUUAA